AGCCAUGAUGAGAUGUUCUUCACCAUCUACAAGAUCUAGGAGACUGUGAACAGGCUGUGCCUGGAGGUGGCAGAGCAAAUGGCCAGUAGGACGGAGGGUAUCAUUGAUGAUUCACAAGUCGGUGGAAAUGCUUCUGCUAAAGGUCCUGAGGGUAAAGGAACAGAUGCCACUGUAAUCACUGGAAUUGACGUAGUAAUGAGCCAUCAUCUGCAAGAAGCUAGCUUCACAGAAGAGCCCUACAAAAAUUACAUCGAAGACUACAUGAAAUCAAUCAAAGGCAGACUUGAACAGAAGCCAGAUACAGCAAAACUAUUUAUGACAGGAGCUGUAGAACAAAUCAAACAUAUCUUUGCUAAUUUUAAAACCUAUCAGUUCUUUAUAGGUGAAAACAUGAAUCUAGAUGGUAUGGUGGACUCAUGUAAUGAUGGUGUCACCCCAUUCGUGAUUUUCGUUAAGGAUGACUUACAAAUGGAGAAAUGUUAA